CAUUCCUUGGCCCGUUUACUCUCGGGAGAAUCUUCCAUCGCACAGGAGUUUCAUGGAAACAAGCAGGAGGAGGAAGUGUGUCUUGAGCAUCGAUGGCGGUGGAGUGAGGGGUGUUAUUCCCGCAACGAUUUUAGAGUACCUCGAGGAGUGCUUACAGGAGCUAGAUGGCCCUAGCGCCAGGCUCGCGGAUUACUUUGACACCAUCGCUGGAGCCAGCACUGGAGGGAUCAUCGCUGCAAUGCUGGGGACUCCCGGCAAAGACAAUCGGCCAAGGUUCACGGCGAAAGAGGUCACUGGGUUUUACUUUGCGAAUGCGCAGAAGAUAUUCCCGCAGUACUUUCUCAAAAGCGCUGCUGGAUUCUUCGGGCCAAAGUACUCCGAGAAGCCUCUGGAGAGUCUCCUCCGCGAGUAUAUUGGCGACUUAAAGAUGGGAGACACACUCGCUCCUCUCGUUAUUCCAACCUUCGACACUAAACUCCAGCAGCCUGUGAUCUUCGCAACGUCAGAGGCCAAAACAAACGAACCCAAGAAUGCGUUUCUACGAGAUGUUGUCCGGGGCACCAGCGCGGCUCCAACUUAUUUGCCUCCAAAAUAUUUCAAGAUGCCUACAGGAGAGGAAUUCAACCUGGUUGAUGGCGGCCUCGCCGCAAACAAUCCAACCUUUUUAGCCAUUGUUCAAGCUCUCAAGGACUCGCAAGCUCAGGAUCCAGGAUUAGUAGGCACUAAACUGCUCGAGAAAUUCGAGGACUUGCUGGUGAUCUCUCUUGGUUGUGGCAAUCAAACCGUGAGCUACACGGCCAAGGAGAUAGCAACAUGGGGGCCUCUUGGCUGGGUGGUUCAUCAGAACGGGGCUCCAAUCAUCAGCAUUUUCUCUAACGCAAGCUCCGACAUGGUCGACUACACCAUCUCGUCGCUCUUCCGGCUUGGUGUAUGCGAGCAGAACUUCCUUCGGAUUCAGACUUCUGAGCUCGAGGGCAGCAUUGCCGAAGUUGACAACUCGAGCUUGGAGAAUUUGAAGAAACUGGUCACGGUUGGGAAAGGUUUGUUGAAACAGCGAGUGCAAAUGGUGAAUUUGGAAACUGGUGCCUAUGAAGUUGUUGUCAAUAGGACUGAAACCAACCAAGAAGCCAUUAAGAGGAUGGCUACCCGGUUAUCACAAAAUAGAAAGGACAGAAUUCCAUAACACUUUCCAAACUAUUUUUCAGCUAAGACUUUUAAUAAUUGUUUGAUUCCAGAAACUC